AAAGCUGCGCCACUUAGAUGUCGCAGAAAGGCAUUAAUUCGGUGUCAAAGAAAGAAGCGGAAGAAAAAAAUCAUGGAAGAGAUAAGGGCAUCACCCUCACCGCCGCCGCCGCCGCCGCCAACACCAACUAGUGCCACCAAAAGUAAACCUGCGAUGUCACGCAUGAAGAAGGAAUGCUUAGCUUUCGCAGUUUCAUUGCAAGAAGGCUUUCGCUACAUGAAAGCCUUGUUUGUUGGUCAGGCAAAGAAAAUAACAGCAAAAAACGAGAAAGAAGCAACUGCAGCUGAUUUACAGGCUAAUAAGAUGCAGGUUGAAGCAGCAGAUGAAGCUGAAAAAAUCAAGAAAAGCCUCGAAAAAUCUCUGUAGGUAAUAAAUAUGUAGUAAUGACUCAAAACAUAUCAGUGAUUUAGAAAAUUAAAGAGUUUUUAUGUACGAGAAAUAACCUUAUGUUGCACAGGAACCGAAAUGGAGAAACACGAAAAUGAUAAGAGGAAUACCACAUUUAAAAUAUAAUUUUACAUGUCAAGACAGUAGAGGGAAUGGGUAUGUGGAAAUAUUUCCAAACCCUGGUUAAGAGUUCCCGUGCAUUUUGAAGAUAUAUGUUUUGCAUGUGAUUUAGGAUUUUUUUUUUUUUAUGUAGUUUAUGACUGAUUUUAGAGUUAUAGAUAUAUAUAAUUGGUUAUGUUAAUUAAACUUAA